AUGCGCGCACUAGUGAUUGGCGGGACUGGGCGUUGUGGCAGACUUGUCAUUGAUGAGCUGUUGAGGCGAGGCCACCACCAGGUCACUACCUUAGCGCGAACACCAGAUGCGCUGGGAGAUCCACGACCUAGCCUAAAUGUCAUCCAAGGCACUCCGAUGAAUCUAGAUGACGUACGAGCUGCGUUUAAAGCAGACAAACCAGACGUGGUGAUUGUGACGCUGAAUGCGCCUCGAGCGAGCGAUAGUCCAUUUGCUGCUCCCAUCUCUCCGCCUCGUCUAAUGGCCGACUGCAACGCCAAUGUAGUGGCUGCGAUGAAAGAGUUUGGGGUUCGCAAGAUCGUGAUUCUCCAGGCGUUCGGGGUGGGAGCAUCUUGGACUAAUCUGCACAUCCUGCUACGUCUACUCAUGAAGACAUCUAAUAUGUCACAUCAGUACGAUGAUCACAACGAGACAGAGAGGGAAGUCCUGGCCAGCGGGGUCGAUUAUGUGUUUGUGCGGCCGUCCCGGCUGGUCGAAACCGAUGAAACCGCCAUCAAGGUGUGGCCGGAUGAUGGCAAGGGAGUUCCUAUGAUGGCCAGUACAAGCCGGAUCAGCGUGGCACGAUAUUUGGUCGAUGUGGCCGAGGGUGAUGAAUGGGAUAACACGGCUCCAGUUAUCACCAACUGA